AGUUGCAACACACAAAGCGGCAGCAGCACAUUUUCUAUUAAUUUUCAUAAAGGAAUUUAUACAUUAUAUAACAAGAUGAACAGUUUGAAGAAUGCAACUUUGCGUUUUGCCAGCCUGGCCAGCUCGACUACUGGUGCAUUGGGCAAACGUGAUUUCACCCGCAGCUUGUGGCACAUGACGAAAAAGCCGGCGACAAUCGGAGCAGGAGGAGGCAACGACCACGUUACUGUGCUGAAUGUGCACAAGCCGAGCAUCAACUGCACCUGUGGAUGCAAUGUACACACCAAGGGUGAACGUGAGCUGGUCGAGUUCCUGACCGAGGAAAUCGUUGCCGAGCGCAAGGUGCAAAAGGGCAAAACUGUUCCCAGCACUUUGGACGGAUUCAGUGUGAAAUUAACUGGCGCCGAUGUGGAGUUAACCAAGCAGACGGACAAGGAGAAGAUUGUCAUCAGCUUCAAUGUGAAUCACACUGUGGACAGCGAGGAGGAGCCCGAGAUCAAUCCCAAUGCCGACAAGCCAGAAUUGGGAGAGAUGCGCAGCAAGCCUCAAUUUGAGGUGGACAUUGUCAAGGGCAGCUCGACAUUGUCCUUUACCUGCUCCUACUUGCAAGGAGAGGCCCAGGAGGGUGAAUACAACGAUGUCUUUUCCAUUGAUGAAAUGUCCAUCUAUGAAGGCGAGUGGAAUGACAAAAUCUAUGCUGUUGCUGGCGAUGUUCUCGAUGGCUACUUGUAUGAUCUUCUCAUGAAUCUGCUGGAGGAGAAGGGUGUCAGCAAUGAGUUUGUUGAGAAACUAUCCGAUCUGGCCACCGCUCACGAGCACACCUCUUACAUUGGCCUGCUGGAAAAGCUGUCCAAGUUCACCGCUGGCGGAAAGUAAAAGGCCAAUCUUUGUUUCUAAGUUUAAGACAACAGUUGUGUAGAUUUUUAAGAUUCCUUCAGCAGCAAAUACACUUUACACCAUUUGAUAGCAUUUGGACUGGAAACGUUUUUGAUCGUUUGUGUUUUUAGUCAGUUUGCUCUCGAAUCCACAUAGAUUUUAAGUCAAAAUAUUGAUAAACCCGAAACAUAUGUUUAUGUUUUGACUAUGAAAAGAGCAUAUGCUUAAAUAAGUGAAAAUACAACACAUUUUGUUCAACUCAAUUGUAUUUAUUACUUGUAUAAACAUUUACAUAUA